CCAAGUAUUGUCGUUUUCUGUGAUUUUAAGUCUAAGAAACUGUUGACUUUUUAGUGCCUGUGUUGAUUGUGUCAUUUCUACCAUCCGCGCACUAGCGUGAUAUUUAUAUAAGUGUGUCGGUUCAUUUCCGUUUUACAUUAUCGUUUCGUUGCAAAGUGAUGCGGGGGUCAGUGCGCUGGGUGUUGUGGGAUGUGAAGGACACCCUGUUAAAGGUCCGUCGCUCGGUUGGGGAGCAGUACUGUACAGAAGCAGAGCGAGCCGGGCUGAAACUGCCAGCCGCACAGGUAGAAACCGCUUUCAGACAGGCUUACCGACAGCGAUCGCAUCUCUUUCCCAACUAUGGCAGAGCUCAGGGAAUGAAUAGCCAGAACUGGUGGACUGGACUUGUGAAAGACACUUUUGCACACUGUGGGGUCACUGACCCAGCUGUACUGGAUAGACUGGCCAGCAACCUUUAUCAUAACUUCUGCGGAGCAGAAAACUGGGAGGUGUUUUCAGAUUCUAAUGGCACCCUGAAGUCCUGCAGCUCUUUGGGGUUGAAGCAAGGAAUUGUCUCUAACUUUGAUAAGCGUUUGGAAGGCAUCCUGAGGGAAUGUGGACUCCUCGCUCACUUCUCCUUUCAUUUGACAUCAGAGGAAGCUGGGGUGGCUAAACCAGACCCUGCUAUUUUUUCCCAGGCUCUGGUGCGCUGUGCCGUGCCAGCCUCCAGUGUAGCCUAUGUCGGGGACCAUUACGUGAAUGACUACCUGACCUCACGCUCACUGGGCAUUCAAGGUUUUCUGCUUGACAGACAAAAUCGUCAUGGACACCUUGAUAUCCCCCCUCAGCAUAGACUACAGAGCCUAAAUGAAUUACCAGCACGACUGCAACAGGAAAUAGACUGAGUGCUGUGACUGUUAAAUAUGUAAUGUGACGCUGUACCACAAAACCAGUCAUAAGUACAGGUUUAUUUGUACUGUAGCAAAAGCCAAAAAUAAACCUUAUGGGUCAAAAAAAAAAUUUAACGCCAAAAAUCAGUAAUGAUCAUGUUCCAUGAAGAUAUUUAGUAAAUUUUCUAUCAAAACUGUAUUUAUUAUUAGAAAUAUGUGUUGCUAAGGACUUUGUUUGGACAAUAAAAGGAGAUUUUCUCAAUAUUUAGAUU